ACUUACAGCCUUCGUAUCUGCCUUGGAAAUCUUCUACGGCUUGGUGCAGCAUCUCUCACGCUACAGCCACUAGCAUCUACGAAAGGUUGAAGACGAAUUGAGUAUUGCUCUUCACCGGUGCAACUUAAUCCAGCCACAUUAUUUCAAGCGUCUGACUCAACUGAUGGUUUAGAAGCCAGAACAUAAUAGUCCUCGAGAAGCGCAUCCACUAAAACCCAGAUAGAAACUUCCACUGGCCCCUUCCAGCGUGGUUUACCAGACUCUCAUUACUGCAAACUAUCGCCCAGCAUAGCACCAUCACACGGUAUCCACAGUUUUCUCAGUGCGGGCUUUGGUGGUGGGACCCCGGCGCUACUCCGAACCCUCCCUGCAGAUUCCCGGUGCUACCACCACGCAGUCGGUCCUCGCACCACCCCUAGCCUACCCCACAGGAAUAUGUUCGCAGUGCCACCGAUAACGCUUCAUCCACAACACCACCAUGUCAGUCCAUGCCCAAGAAGUAUGGAAAGAUCUAUCGGAACUUCGAGUGUCCUUGAUCGGCAACAAGGACCUCAAGUAUAAAUUGGUCGGAAACGUCCUGUUCAUCUCCGACUUGGUCGCCUCUUUCAACCACCUGAUCCAACUAAUAGCUGGCAAGGAACCAUCCAAUUGGUUGGAGAACCACCAGUUUUUGGGGGAUCUAGAGAAGCGUGGGGUGAUCCUUAAGAUCCUAUGUGCCUACAUCACCGAGGUCAACACAGACAAGCAUGCCAACGUCACCACCUGCUUGCGGUCAUUGGAACUCGUGCUUGACCCUAUCAUCCAAUUCUUGCAAUACUUCGUGGGCAGAUUCAUCCCAUUAUCCUUGAAUAAGUUAACAUCUCCGUACGUUGAAGCCAAGAUUCGUAAUGUGUUGGCUUCUUCCUUAGAUAUAGUGUUAUAUCUUUCCAAUAUUCGCCAUCAUUCCAUCGACGCAAAGAUUGUUUCCCGUUUCAUAACUAGCUUGCUUAUCAUUAGCGAAGACGACUUCAUGCAGAAAUCUAAUCUCUUGUUGAUCAAGCUGAUGAAGUUGGUCCCACUCAUUUUGACCUCCGCAGAAUUAGAGAGCCAAUCGACAGUCACUUUACUCACAACAUUGCUCAGACGUUUGCUGAAGGAAUGUACUACCAUAAUCAAUACUCAUUUCCCAUCCAUAACUGAUAACAUUGAACUAUUACAUCAGAUAUCAUUUGAAGAUUCAAGUCUUCCGAACAUUGAACUUAACCAGAAUAUAAUACGCACCAGAGUUAAUACCUCCUUGCUUCUUGAAUUGAUCGUUAGCAUUUGUCAAAUUUUCUACGUAAUGAGAGAGAACGAUUUCGAAGUGACUAGGGAUCAUGCUAACAAAUCUGAUAAGUUGGGUGAGAGGUCACCAGUAGUUCUACCAGAGAAUGUCUACUUAUCGUUGCUUCUAUUAUUGAAGUAUGACGACAACUUAAUGAGCUUGGCCUCGCUUAAUUUAAUCGUGAUAUAUCUAGACAAUUUCAAACCUUCUAACAAGCAAUUAUUGUUUCAAAACUAUAAGAAGUUGUUCCCUAGAAUUAUUCAAAUGUUGAAAUUAGAGACUGAAUCACUUGAGUUGGAGUCUUCCCAGAAUGAUCAGGUACCUUUACCAAUAUAUUUACUAUCCUCGGGCCGGAUUCUUGCGGAUUUGAGUUCGAAAUAUCCUGUGCUUAACGAUGAGCUCAAAGAUGCGAAUGCUGACUUCAAGAUAAUUGACCAAGUUCACACAUUAACGAAAUCGUCACAACUUUUGAAAAUCCUCAAAAUUCUCAAGAAGAAUAGUAAGCAUGGUACCUCAAUGGUGGAUUUUACUGUUCUUAUUGGUUUAUCUGAUGAGGAUCAUGAUGAAAAAUUGGCGGACUUGUUAUACUUAUUGAGUGUUUAUACUAGCUCCAACGAGACGUACAGAAGUAGAAUUAUCAACUUGUCAUCUGACCAGCAAAAAAUCAACCUUGCUUUUGCCGAGAUUAUAUUUGAAAUCAUUGAUGAUCUCCAAUUCUUGUUGAAUCAAAACGAGUUAGGAUACUUAUUAUUACGUUCUCAAAAAGUGAAGAGUGAAGACUUACCUUGGUUUAGUAAAAAUUUGGGAAUAAUAAGAUCCUUGUUGGACCAAUCGCUUUACACCAAUUGCUUAUAUUUGAUCAGGUCUUUGUCUAGAUCGGUAACUACUUUGCGGACGUUCUAUGUCGAGUGUAAUUCUUUCAAGAGUUUUAUUAUUAGUCCCAGUACCAUUGAUAAUUCAGGAGGGCUCAUCACCAAUUUCUUACAAAUUUUGAAAGCAUUUGCAUCAUCGGAUAAGAUCAAUCAAUACUUCUACAAGUUGAGUGGGAAGAGUAACUUUAGGUCUUUGAUGAAGAGCAGAAAAACUCAAAUGAUCAAUAAGUCGAUCACUAUCAGUUUAUUGGGUAAUUUCAUUCUUGAUUUCAGUUCCUUUAGAUACAAUGUGGUCAAUUAUGAUUCAUUCUUACACAGUUUGUCAUCUUUAUACAAGAGUUCAGCUAGUCUGGAUGACAACAUACUCCUUGGUGGAUCUGAUGACAUGGCGGUCAAGACGGAGGAUGUUUACCAGAGGAAUUUUGUUAAACUUAACAUUAUGCAAGUGAUCAAAAACUUCUUAUAUCAUGAAACAAAUGAAAAUAAGCAGGAACUUUUAGAGUACUUCCCUUUGGCAACAUUAAUAGAGAAGACAUUUUAUUGCCCUGAGAGAAAGUUUUCCGAGGAUUCCUUUAAAAGCAAUAUCGAAAUUCAUCAAUUGAAACUCAAACAAAAAUUGGUAGCUUUCGAUAUCUUGCGAAACUUCACAGCGGGAUCGCCACAUUUUAAUCAGAUUGUGAUCAACACCUACGAAGAAAGCUAUUGGUUGCAUCGUGAAUACGAGUUGCCUAAUAGCUGGGAUGAAUACAUACAGUACACAUUGGUCGACUCUGUUCCAUUCACGGGGGUUGAAGGUCAAUUUGAUUCUGAAGAAGGAUUCCUAAGGCUCCUUCUUAAUGAUGAUUAUGUUCGGAUGGUGACCUCUAUCAAUUAUAUUGAGAACCACAAGUACGCUAACAUCGAUACAAUUAGCAAGGACCAGUUCCCCAAGGACCAAACAUUAAGUAUCUGGUUACAUUUCAUGGAUCUUAACAUUCCUGCCAGUUUUGAAAAUGCCCUUGAUUUGAAUGAAAGAGUGGCGUUGAACACCAAUCUCAACGAGAUCAAGUCUUCUGUGGUGUUCAUCCUCAUCAACUUGACCAGGCACACCACUUACAACGUGCACAUGGACAAGGAGUUCAUGCUCUUCGAUAACGUGGCGGAAGCUGGCGCUGGAACUAGAAGGUUCCAUAACAACCAGAGAAUCAUGAUCGACUCCGACUCCGACAGUGAGAAGGGAGAGGAGGACACGAAACUCGCCCACGAGCCCACCACCACCAUUGACUCGCUUACGGUACAAGAUCGUGCCAAGUACUUGCAAGAGUUCGGAUUCGGAGCGGUGUUGGUCAAGCUCAUUAAUCUUGAAAACGGUCACAAGACGGAGGACGCUGACCAUAAAGACCACGAAGUCAGAGUGAUCAAACGGUUCGACAUUCAGAACAGCUACGAUCUAUUAGAGAAGUUGAAGUCUGCCAACCAACAAAUCACCGGGUUGUUGAAGGGAGGCAGGCGUCCAAGUGCACAGCGCGACGAACCAGGCCGGCCAACAAGCGAGAGUGCCAACGGCCAGGCACUAGCGGCCGCAACGGCAGUGUCGGAGCUUCCCCUGCAGGACAGGCCCGACGUCAAUCGUGGCGGUGAAGGCUACGGGUACGGGUCGGACGAGGAGAUGCAGGACAAUGACGACGACGAGCCUAACGAGGCCGACGACGCGGAAGACGACGACGACGAAGACAUGCCCCGCGAGUUCUGGGUGAUGUAG